AUAUGCACUUGUUUGGACAGUAUACAGCACACAAUGAUUCCUGUCUUGUUUCCUGCAAUGCGUACAAUCAAGUUGUCAAACCCCACGGCUUCCAGACACACUGUGGCUGGGGAGUAUCCGCACACUGAGUAGAGAGGACCGCUCCACCUCUGCCCCCAGAGCCAUGCACAGCAAGAACCAGAGGAGACAUGGCUCCCCUGUGGUCCCUGGGAGGCCCAAAGCCCCGCUGGCUCACAGCACCCUCGGCCCGGCCCAGCCCAAGCCCUUCAGAGCGCCCAGAGACGGGGCCCACAGCCCCUUCACCAGGACGCCGCACGCGGUCUACCCACCGAAGGGAGGCCGAGGGCGGCCAUGUGUGUCUGUUCCUGUGGUCAGUCUGGAGAAGAUGCCGUGUCUGGGAAAGACCGAGGGGCCCCACGUCAGACUGAACUGCACGUCCUCCACGUCCACCACGCCCUCGUCCUCAGCUGCCACCAUGCUCAAGCCCUCUCACAAGCCCCAGGACCGGGUCCUGAAUGGCAGAGUACCCAGCAUGCCCCACUCCGCCCCCGACAGACGACCUGGCACCUCUCCUUCCACAGCAGACAGACGGCCGUCUUCCUCUCCGUGCUCUGUGGACAGACGGCCGUCUUCCUCUCCGUGCUCUGUGGACAGACGGCCAUCUUCCUCUCCCUCCCCUCUGGACAGGCGACCCAGUGCCCUGCCCCCUCCACUGGACAAAAAGCACCAAAAUGGCACAAAGGCCAGCAAGCCAUAUAAGAGGAUGUCAGCCAGGGUAUUCGAUCCCAACAAGCACUGUGGAGUCCUGGACCCCGAGAGCAAGAGACCCUGCACCCGCUCUCUCACCUGCAAGACGCAUUCUCUAACCCACCGGAGGGCGGUGUCAGGGCGGAAGAAGCCGUUUGAUUCGCUGCUGGCGGAGCACAAGGGGAGGCUGAAGGAGAAGGAGAAGGAGAAGGAGAAGGAGAAGGAGGCGCAGCCCUCCCGGGGGCAGCAGGGGGGCCGGGACUCCAGCCACGGCCUCCCGGCCCCGUCACAUGACCCCCAGAGCAGCACGCCCGCACACUGCCGCAACGGCAAGACCGCGUCGCCGUCGAAGGCCAGGGCUCUCGCCGCAUACAUACCCCGGGCUCCUGGCGGUAGGGGCGGAGUCGGUCAGAACUGCGGCCCUGGCCCCGCCCCUGACAUGGUGAACCUCAGUGCUGGAGCGGAGGGGCGUGGCCGGGCGUCCAGCGAAGAGGAUGAGAUCACGCUCCCGGACGAAUCAGAGAGGCCAGACUGCCACUGUUCGCCACGGCACCCAAGGCCCAUGGGAUGCUGCUGUUUUGGCAGUCGGCUGAUGGGGCAGGGACACUACGUCUUUGACAGGCGGUGGGACCGAACGCGGCUCGCUCUGCACCGCAUGGUGGAGAAGCACGUCAACUCUCUGAUGUGGAGGAAGAUCCCGCUGGCUGGUGAAAGCCCCGCCCCCUCUCCAGGGGCGGUUCCAGCCGGGCAAUCCUUCCUGGGCCCCUCCUCCAGCGGCAUUGGCCUGCCCCUGCUGUCCCCGCCCGCAGCCUUCGCCCACCAAUCGGACGGCGUGUCCAUGACGUCCUACUCCGCGACCUUUCCCCUCAGCGGCGGGGGCGUGUUCAGCAUCGUGGACUCCUCCUCCCUGGCGGCCCCGCUCCCCGCCCCCUCGGCCGCGUCGUCCCGGGGUGGGAGGGGCCGCGGCAGACCCAGCCGGCCCCCGAAAGCGCCCGAGCGGGACCCUGGGGCAGCGGGCGGGGCAGUCGGGGGGAGGAAGAAGAAGCCCCCGCCCCCCAAUGCGGCCCCCCAGAAGAGGAACAGCGUCAGCGCCGUGCCCCCCCACCCGGCCGGCCCUGUAUGCACCAAUGGGAAGGCCCCCCUCAGUGCCAGACCCGAGCCCCCCGUGCUCCACUCGGCCUUCCCCGCGCCCUGCGCCCCCCCCGGGGACCACGGCCUCUCCGUCCACAGCCCC